UGUUCCCGCUCCUCCCUCCCUGCAGACCGGUGCAUGCGUGUGCACGCGCGCGAGUGUAAUUGCACGCGGUGAAGUCGGGCUUCUUUCUUUUUUUUUCUUUUUUAUGCAGGUUUAAUCAGCUGGUUGUUCGUCCUCGCGGAGGCUUCGUCUGCGGUCACGAGUGGGUAAUUUCUCUCUGAGUGUGCGUGAUUCCCCCCUCCUCCCCCUCCUCAGCGUGGAGAGGUGCGGGGCCACUGCUGGCUGUGUUGUUGCGGCACUGGAUGGAUCCGCCGAGCAUGUUUGUGGGUGAAGCCUCGGGCGGUGCACGCGGAGGGAAAUAAUUUUCUUUUUCUUCUUCUUGUGUGUGUUUUCUUUUUCUUCUUCCUGUCUACCUGCCGGUCAGUCACCUGCGCUGUGGCGACAUGUCAAACUCAAACAAAAGCAAGAAGGACAAAGAAAUCCUCGCUGAGUACGAGAGCCAUGUGAAAGAUGUGCGGACCCAGUUGGUGGAGCAGCAGCGCUGUCUGGAGCAGCAGACAGAGAUGCGGGUCCAGCUGCUUCAGGACCUCCAGGAUUUCUUCAGGAAGAAGGCCGAAAUCGAAACUGAGUAUUCGAGAAACCUGGAGAAACUCGCUGAGAGGUUCAUGGCCAAAACACGCAGCACGAAAGAUCAUCAGCAAUACAAAAAGGACCAGAAUCUGCUCUCACCAGUCAACUGUUGGUAUUUGCUGUUAAAUCAGGUGAGGAGGGAGAGUAAGGACCAUGCCACCCUCAGUGACCUCUACCUGAACAACGUCAUCACCCGCCUCACACACAUUAGCGAGGACUCGGCCCGCCUGCUGAAGAGGAGUAAGGAGAUCCUCUUCCAGCUUCAGGAAGACCUCAUGAAGCUUCUGAAUGAGCUUUACACCGUGAUGAAGACAUAUCAUAUGUACCACGCGGAGACGAUCAGCGCAGAAACCAAGCUGCGGGAGGCAGAGCGCCAGGAGGGGCGCGUGAAGGGCGUGUCAGGGACUGGCGGAGGGGUGGAGCCUGUGUUCGGCCUGCGGAUAGAAGAGCGCCACCAGAGACGCAACGCCGCCCGUAAGAUGGAGAAAAUGAGAGAGAAGAGGAAGGCAAAGUACUCAGAGAACAAACUGAAGACUGUGAAAGCCAGAAAUGAGUAUCUGCUGACUCUGGAGGCCACCAACGCCUCGGUGUUCAAAUACUAUAUCCACGAUCUGCCCGAUAUCAUAGAUUGCUGUGACCUUGGGUACCACUCCACUUUGAGCCGGGCACUGAGGACCUACCUGUCAGCUGAACUGAGCCUUGAAGCCUCCAGGAGGGCGGGUCUGGAGGUCCUGGAGGGGGCUGUGGAGGGCCUGGACCCCGCCCGUGACAGGCAGCGUCUGCUGGAUCUCUACCCCACUGCCUUCUGUCCCCCACAGAACUUCAGCUUCCAGGCCCACAUGGGCGACACAGUGGCCCAGAUCACCUCCCAGCCGCAGGUCCAGUCAGAGCUCAGCCUCCGCCUCACACAGCUUCAGACCCGCCUGGCAUCUCUGAAGAUAGAAAAUGAGGAGGUGAAGAAGACCUGGGGUGCGACUCUGACCACCUUGCAGGACAUGACGGUGCUGGACGACUUUGACGUCUCCCAGAGCUUCACCCACAGCCCGUCUUCUGAGUCGGUGAAGUCCAGCGUGUCGGACGGCUACUUGAACAAACCCAGUCUGGCCAAGAGACGGGCAAACCAGCAGGAGACCGAGCUCUUCUACUUCUCUAAAUUCCGCGAGUACCUGGAGGGAAGUAAUCUUAUUUCCAAACUUCAGGCUAAACACGAUAUAUUAAAGAAAGCGUUGGCAGAGGGAUACAAAGCUGAACUGCUGACUACCAGCCGUGGGCGGAAGAACUCCCAUAGCAAGCACCAGGAUUCAACCAAAGCCAUACCCUUGCUUGUGGAGAGCUGCAUCCGCUACAUCAACCUACAUGGUCUUCAGCAUCAAGGCAUAUUCCGGGUAUCAGGAUCACAAGUGGAGGUCAAUGACAUCAAGAACUCGUUUGAAAGAGGUAACGAUCCGCUGAUUGACGAGGAAAGCAACCAUGACAUUAAUUCUGUGGCUGGAGUGUUGAAGCUCUACUUCAGGGGUUUAGAGAACCCUUUGUUUCCCAAGGACAGGUUUAAUGACCUCAUCUCCUGCGUCCGGAUAGAAAACCUGUACGAGAGAGCGCAGUGUAUCCGUAAGAUCCUGCUGGGUGUCCCGAGGGCGACGCUGGUGGUGAUGCGCUACCUGUUCGCCUUCCUCAACCACCUUUCCCAGUACAGCGAUGAAAACAUGAUGGAUGCUGGAAACCUGGCCAUUGUGUUCGGCCCCACCCUACUGCCGACACCGGAGACCCUGGACCAGGUGGCCUGCCAGGCGCACGUAAAUGAGGUCAUCAAAACGGUCAUCCUGCACCACGACAACAUCUUCCCUGACACCAAGGAGCUGCCCGGCCCAGUGUAUGAGAAGUGUAUGACUGGAGACCAGUACUGCGAGAGUCCGUUCAGCGAGCCGGGAGCGUUGGAGGAGGCUGAGCCCGACGCCGGCACCGAGACCCAGACCAGCGACGAGGAGGGUGAAGCUGUGGAGGCGGUGGCGAGGUUCGACUACGUGGGCCGGUCGGGCCGCGAGCUCUCCUUCAAGAAGGGAGCCUCCCUACAGCUCUUCCAGCGUGCAUCACAUGACUGGUGGGAGGGCCGGCACAAUGGCAACCACGGCCUGGUGCCUCAUCAGUACAUCGUGGUGAAGGACAGGGCCGACGCCAUGUCAGACACACUCAGUCAGAAAGCCGACAGCGACGGAGGAAGCAGCAGCACGGACGAUAAGCGGUCCAGGAGCGAGCUGAGCUCCCCGACCGACAUGAGACCUCCAGAGACCUACAACAGCCACAGGAGGAAGCGAACUGAUGGUUUAUUCCGCCGCCCUCUCUGCCGCUCUAACGACAACCACGGGAACGGAGGCGUGAUGGAGCGCAGCUCUCCUCCAGUGACGGGUCACUUCAGCCCCAGGGAGCUGCUGCUGGGACGGGGUCAGGGCUUGACCCCGCCCCUAGACAGCCCGGAGCGCCGCCGCCGCUCUGCAGCCGUGACCAUGACGGUGAGCCGACACGAUUCUCUGCGGAGGCCUGAGGACACACCUAUCCGACGCUCCAACAGCGGGCAGCACGGCUUUGGAGACUCCCAUCGAUCCCGAGCUCUCGACCCCGACGCGCUGGCACAGGACAUCGAGGAGACCGUGAGUGUGGCUUUGGGGGAGCUGAGGCAGUUGGAGCGACAGGGCUGCCGGCCGGCCCCCGACGUGGUCCUGGACACCCUGGAGCAGGUGAAGAACGGCCCCGUCACCACCUGCUCCUCCGAGUCUCCCAGCCCACACAGCACCCCCAGCACACCGGGCACACCGGGAACCCCUGGCACCCCCGGAACUCCCGGGACGCCUGGUACCCCAGGCACCCCAAGCCCCCUGAGUCCUCUGAGCCCCAUCAGUCCACUCCCUGGACCUCCAUCUGGACCUCCCAGACCUGCCAACCCAUCCCCUGACGCUCUGGGCUCCUUCAAGCCGGUGGCGGCCGCUCGCAUCGGGGGUCCGCUGCGACCACCUGCCCUGAGACCCAAACCUAUGGUCCCACCCAAGAGCAGCACCCCGCCUCUACCCCCGCCGCUGGACAAAUCCUGCACCAUGUGAGCCAAACCAGGCCAAUAAGAGGCCGAAUCAGGCCUACCCGGGCCAAAAAUGGGCCAGAAGAGGAGAUCAGGG